AUUCCCUCCGCCUCACUAGGUAUCGAUCUUUCUCAGUACCUUGCGACGGUGUACUUGUGCCCACCGCUAUCUCUCUUGGUAUUGGUACAUACAAGAUUUCCAUUUGUCCAUUUUUCGUUUAGUGGCCCUUGCCCAGGUGUCCAACUUAGGCUCUCUCGUGUCCCCAGGCUGACGUUUCCUUCAGGCUACCCUGAUUACUUACCGCUCUCUAACUUCUUGUCAACCUUACCCGCCCCUGGCGAGCUGAAAUCAUCGACGAGAUUGAUAAUCACCGUCCGUGCUGGCGUUCCUGCAAAUCAACCUAAUUGUGUAUAGCCACCCGUCCGUUGGGCUCUGCAGCCAUGUCUGAGUCAACCAGCACAAAUACUCCGAAGCCGAGUAGUAGUGUGAAGCUGGUACUUUUGGGAGAGGCGGCAGUUGGAAAGUCAUCGCUGGUUCUACGAUUUGUCAACAAUGACUUCCAAGAGAACAAAGAACCAACCAUUGGAGCUGCUUUCCUGACCCAAAAAUGCUCCCUCCCGACCCGGACGAUCAAAUUCGAAAUCUGGGAUACAGCUGGUCAGGAGCGAUUCGCCUCGCUUGCCCCGAUGUACUACCGUAACGCUCAGGCGGCGCUGGUAGUCUACGAUGUUACCAAGCCAUCCUCCCUUACAAAGGCCAAACACUGGGUUGCCGAACUGCAGCGGCAAGCCAGCCCCGGAAUUGUGAUCGCCCUCGUCGGCAAUAAGCUGGACUUGACGAACGACGGGAACGAAGCUUCUGGGGAGUUACAACCGGAUGGUGAACGGGAGCCACCUGCCGCGGCUGCUGACGAAGAUGACGCGGCCGGUGAGCUCCAGGAGGAGCAAGAUGCCACUCCCGGAAAUGCCCGAAAGGUCUCAACACGGGAGGCUAGCUCGUAUGCGGAGGAAGAGGGUCUGCUGUUUUUCGAGACUAGUGCUAAGACGGGUGUGAAUGUUGUCGAUGUCUUCACUGCGAUUGCCAAUGCUAUCCCAGAAAGCAGUUUGAAGAGCGGACGUGGGGCUGGUGCUGGUACGGGCCAGACUACAUUGGGUGGUGGUCGUCCGGCAGAGGACUCGCGAGUCAACCUGGGAGACCGAUCCACCGCCACAGCCAAGGAAGGAUGUGCUUGUUGAUCUUGGCUACGUGUUGGUUUUACAGUCUGUAAUGUUUGUUCUUUCAUGCAACAAUCUCGAUGCCAGGCUGAUUACCGAGUAAUUGCCUAGGAAGUUCGAGACGGCGCCGCACAAAGGGCGGUUUGAAGGCGUGUGAUUAUUUUAAUUUCUCAUAUCCAGGCGUCAACUUGUGCUUCUGUUUUUGUGAUAUUUCACGUGUGUGCACGUGUGUGUGUCUCAUGCCAGAUCUUCGUGUCUUGCUCAUUAUUUUCUCUGCUGCUGCCACAUUCUUUGAUACUCAGCGAGAGGCCCUUUCGACUUCUCCCCCUCUUCUUUUGAUUGAUAGGUUCCCCCAAUGUUGUACUGAUAGGAAAUAGGGAAUCCCCUGUGUGAAGGGGUUUUAUUCUUGUUCCUCAGAUUUAAUUAUGCAGUAGAUUUUAGAUUGCAUUGGUUCUAUCAUUACUUCAAGGGAAGGGACUACUUCCAAGUACACUAUGUAAAUAAGUAAACUGAUAAGUAGAUAAUGAUGUUCCUAAUAUCGAGGGCAGACCGGUCACGGGACCGGACUUUCCCCGAGAGGGCAACGCGCUAAACAUAUAGGGACAAGAGCGGUGUCGCUAAGCGAGGCGCCGAG